CAGCGAUAGAAAUGGCAUUUCAUCUGAAUACGGGUUCCAGUGCGUUCAAAGUUUUUUAUAAUGGAGCGGUCCAAGGCCAACCGAAAGUAAGCUCCGAAAACUAGGGCAGGAUGCAUCAUCUGCAAAUGGGUGAGACAUCUUCGACGGCACUGGCAGCAGUGAGGUUCAAGGAAAGGCCGAAACUCACAGCUUUCCCCGCGAUAGGAAAUGACACAUACGUUGCGAUGAGGAAAACCAACCUGCCAGAAUUGCGCCAAGUCCAGGAAAGAAUGCAAGGGAUAUGUUCAAAAGCCAACCUCCGCGAUAUUGUCCUUCCUGAGAGGGCAUCGCCGAAUUCUGAUCAAACCAAACCACGAGACCCUGGGGUUUACCAGCCAACCAAAUCGAAAAGGACCAUGUCGACUACUGGAUGGCAUUCAGCAAAGAGUAUACACUAUUCCCCUGAUAGCUCACGACACACGUACUCCCACGAAUCGCCCGCGAAGACCCUGCUCUUCGCCAUGCCACCUUUGCUAUCGGCGCGGCUACUCUCGGUAGCGACAGCCGCGUUCAACGCACGUCAAGCAAAGAUCCAUUUAUAAAAGAGGCUUCCUAGCACCACGGACGAUCAAUCUUGCUCAUCCAGCCCGGAGCAGAAGACAACAAAUGUAUGCCCCGCGUGCUGUUGUCAUGCUUGUUGUUUAUCACGUUCCAAG